GGCUUGGAGCAACCUGGGCUAGUGGAAGGUGUCCCUGGCCAUGGCGGGGGGUUGGAAUGAGAUGACCUAUAAGGUCCCUUCCAACGCAAGCCAUUCUGUGAUUCCAUGAUAAAACACGGAGAUGGAUGUGAGCCUUCUGUCCUAGCACAUAACAGAGCAAGAAUGUGCUUGAGCAGGUGCCCUGUAGAGUUUCGGGAUGAUCAUUUUGUGUGCAGAAAACAGGACUUUCUAACGGCAGAAAAUGAGCAGUCUUUGCUCUCUUAAACCAUGAUCUUAGUGCCAAAUGUUCUUUUCAUGCUCCUUUUUUUCUGUUUUGUGCAAAUAGGUGUUAGGGCUGUUGCACAGAGUUUUUACUGGACUUUAACUAACGUGGAGCUUUUAACUGGCUUUGACUUUAUCUAGCAUGGAGUUUUUACCUGAAUUUAACUAACGUGAAAGAUGGUUCCAGGGGGAAAAAGAAGAUUUUUGGCUGCCUCACUUGUAAGAGCUGGGCUGCUGCUUGUCCUCAGGGCAUUCAAAUGGAUCUCUUUUUGCAGCAUUUUUUGUUAUUCCUUCAGUAACUCUGGCUGUUAAUGAAUAGGAAGAAAUGCAUAAAUUGAUAGUUUGGGAUUUUGGUUUUCAAAAUUACGUCAAGGCGUUUCUGCAACCUGCGUUUAGACACACACAGAACUAAGUUGUGGAGGAGCCAGGCACAAGCAGGGAUUUUUGGCAUCAGUUUAGACAAUAAUGUCACGGGGACUUCCAAGGGUGUUGUUUGAAGUGAAAGGAAUGGCUGGGCACAAGUGGUUUGAGUUUGGUGGGAUUCCCAGUAGGGCCAGCGCAAGAUCUCCAGGUGGGGAGAUUUUUGGUUUUUAGUUCUACAUUAGUAGCUUCACUUCCACAGCUGGAGGUUUUAAUGAAACCUACCCCGAGAAGGAUUGUCAGGACAAAUUGCUUGGAAUGGCAGGAUUUAGGGUGGGUCCAGGGAAUGAAGAAACAGAUGAUGGAAGGAUCAAGGAGAAGACCAGUUUAUUAAACCCCAGAAUAUGAUAGCAGAGGUACAAAAAUUACACGACUGAGCAUAAUGGAGAAUUAAAACAAUCCAGAUGUUGCAGACCAAGAUGAGCAGUGGGAAGAAAUACAUCAUAAGGAUUGAGGCAACGUGAGGACAGCCAGUCCCUGUUGCUGUAAACAUCAUUUUAAUAACUCCUACAGCCACUGCAUGAAGGAACAGAGCAUCUCCCAUGUUCCUGCAUUUGGGGAAUGAGGAACAAUCAGAUUUGAAGGACAAACAGCUUCAUUUGAGUAGACAGGGAAUUCUGCCUCUACAACUACAGGAGAAAUGGGUAACUGAGAUUUAUCACGGGAUCAGACCUACAGCAAACUGCAACAGUUGGUUCUUGGAAGCUUAUGGAACAUGAAUUGGAGUCUUAGAAAAAACAAAGGAAGAAAAGGAAAAGGAGAACAAACAGACAAGUAGCUGGGACAAAAAAACUGAGACUUGAAAACAGGUUUCCUCACACCUGGAUGCACAUUACUGCUCACUUAGACCCUUGGAAGCUUUCAGGCUUUGUGUUCCUGUGCAAUCUCUGACAACCUAACAGGAGGCUGUGAAAAGUGCCAGGAGAAGGGUCCAGAGAUCAAAAGGAGACAAAAAUGUUAACAGAUCUUCCUGAGAACAAGAAUGUGGCAGCAGGAGGGAGACUUGUCAGAGCCAUCCAGGGUGACAGCAUGGAGGGCAGAGAGAGACCUACAUACUCUAUAAGAACCCAGAAAGGCUCCAGAAGAAGAUGUUGCAGCCUUGAGCAGCUUCUCUCCUUGUGCCAUGCCUGGAAAUGUGUAAGACUGACAGAGUCCACAUCAUAGAGGAGCCUUCUUUAAAUGCCUCCAAGGCUUGGAAAACAAAGAUUGCUCUAAGGAUGAGACAAUGCUGGAGACUUCUCUGUUUGACCAGCUGAAUUACCACCCAUACACCUGGAUUUUGAUCCUAUGGCUCAGGCUGAAGCUUUCCUCACUUCUUCAGAGACCGCGCUAACCAAGGUCAGCAGAACUGCCUGAGCCAUCGGCCAUCACCCAGUAGGGAAAAUGAUCAUGUGGCAUCUUGUCAGGCUUGUCAUGAAGAGACACCAUGAUUCCUGGUAACCGAAUGCUGAUGGUCAUCCUACUAUGCCAAGUCCUUCUAGGAGGUACUAACCAUGCUAGCCUGAUCCCCGAGACCGGCAGGAAGAAAGUGGCAGAGCUUCAGGGACAAGCCGGAUCCGGACGCCGCUCUGCCCAAAGCCAUGAACUCUUGCGGGGUUUCGAAACAACUCUGCUGCAGAUGUUUGGGCUGCGAAGGCGGCCUCAGCCCAGCAAGUCAGCCGUCAUUCCUAGUUACAUGCUGGAUCUCUAUCGACUCCAGUCUGGAGAAGAGGAGGAAAGCCUCCAGGAAAUUAGCCUGCAGUACCCUGAGCGAUCGACCAGCCGGGCAAACACCGUGAGGAGUUUCCACCAUGAAGAGCACCUGGAGACCGUCCCGGGUCCCAGCGAGGCGCCCCGGAUCCGCUUCGUCUUCAACCUCAGCAGCGUGCCGGAAAACGAGGUGAUCUCCUCGGCGGAGCUGCGGCUGUACCGGGAGCAGGUGGAGGAGCCGAGCGCGGCGUGGGAGGGGGGCUUCCACCGGAUAAACAUUUACGAAGUGAUGAAGCCGCUGUCGGAGCGCGCUCAGGCCAUUACGCGCCUGCUGGACACGCGUCUGGUGCACCACAACGUGACGCGCUGGGAGACCUUUGAUGUGAGCCCGGCUGUGAUCCGGUGGACCAAGGACAAGCAGCCGAACCACGGGCUGGUGAUCGAGGUGACCCACCUCCACCACGCACAGACUCAUCAGGGCAAACACGUCAGGAUUAGCCGAUCUUUACCUCAAGGGCGCGGGGACUGGGCUCAGCUCAGGCCGCUCCUGGUCACUUUUGGGCACGACGGGCGAGGCCACGCGCUGACCCGCAGAGCCCGGCGGAGCCCCAAGCACCAGCGUUCCCGCAAGAACAAAAAAAACUGCCGCCGCCAUGCCCUCUAUGUGGAUUUCAGCGACGUGGGCUGGAACGACUGGAUCGUGGCGCCCCCGGGGUACCAGGCGUUUUACUGCCACGGGGACUGCCCCUUCCCUCUGGCCGACCACCUCAACUCCACGAACCACGCCAUCGUGCAGACGCUGGUGAACUCCGUGAACUCCAGCAUUCCCAAGGCCUGCUGCGUGCCCACGGAGCUGAGCGCCAUCUCCAUGCUCUACCUGGAUGAGUAUGACAAGGUGGUCCUGAAAAACUACCAGGAGAUGGUGGUGGAGGGGUGCGGGUGCCGCUGACCCCCUUCCCCGCCGCCCUCUCCUCCCCUUCUCUCUCCCUCCCGUCCCACCCCAGAACUGCUUGCUAUAGCUGGACUCUUCUCUAAACUAAACGUUCACCUUGACCUUAUUUAUGACUUUAUGUGCAAAUGUUUUUGACAAUAAUGAUCAUAUAUUUUGACAAAAUAUAUUUAUAACUACAUAUUAAAAGAAAAAAAUAAAAUGAGUCAUUAUUUUAAAGGUAAA